CGCGUUGCGAUGAAUUUUGGGCCGGGCAUCUUGCCGUUUGCCGUCACGUGCCGGCUGCCGCGGCCUCGUCGCUGGGUGGGGGCGGCACAUUCAGGCGACCGGGCAGGAAGGGAGGCGGCUGCCGAGCCAUUCUUAAAGGGGCCUGAGAGACGGCUGCGGGCUGCUGACGGCCGGAAGGAAAAUGAGUGAAUCUUUGGUGGUUUGUGAUGUUGCUGAAGAUUUAGUGGAAAAGCUGAGAAAGUUUCGUUUUCGCAAAGAAACCAACAAUGCUGCCAUUAUAAUGAAGAUUGACAAGGAUAAACGCCUGGUGGUACUGGAUGAGGAACUUGAGGGCAUUUCACCGGAUGAACUUAAAGAUGAGCUCCCUGAACGGCAACCUCGAACCUUCAUUGUCUAUAGUUAUAAAUAUCAACAUGAUGAUGGAAGAGUUUCCUAUCCUUUGUGCUUUAUUUUCUCCAGUCCUGUUGGAUGUAAGCCUGAACAGCAGAUGAUGUAUGCUGGGAGUAAGAAUAAGUUAGUCCAAACAGCUGAACUAACCAAGGUAUUUGAAAUAAGAAACACUGAAGACCUAACUGAAGAAUGGUUACGUGAAAAACUUGGAUUUUUCCACUAAUGUGAACUUCGGUAUUUUUAAAGUAUUUAUGUAUUAACCUGACCAUACUGGAACCAGACAUAAAUACUUAUUUAUGCCUAAAAAUGCACUGUUACUUACAGUUUGUUUCCUGCAGUAAAGAAAAACUCUUCAUUUGUGCAAAGUUUGAACAAAGAGGAAAUCAUCUUCAUAGUAAUGAAACUUGUAUAGUGUUUCCUUAUAUUUGUAAUUGUUAGGUGGACUACUUUUCUCCAGAGACAUUUUGCACUCUUGUGACUAAUUUCUAUAAUUUAUGGUUCAGAAUUUGUUACUAUUUACAGACACCAUUGGAGAAUGGAUAUUAGAUUGUCAUAGACAACAGUUGCCUCCUUUGACUGGAUAUUACAGUUUAUAAAUGGAAAUAGCAUAUUAUCACUUGUCACAUCAUUAAAGUUUAUGUGGGGUUAAAGUCUUAAGGGACCCAAUUUUGAGCCAUGAAUAGUGAUUUAAUAUAACCUUCAUUGAGUUUUUCAUCAAUUUUAAUUCUCUCUUGGUUUCCUCUUUCUUUUCAAUCAAGUGUAGAAGCUAUAUCAAUCACUCAUUCUUAGGGUCUGGGAGUUAGAUUUUAUGGUAGAGUUAUGACUGUUAGGUUUUCUUCUUAAUGGAAAAUAGCAUCUUAGUCUUAGAAACUGGUGAGUUGUAACAGCAAGGGCUUUAUUCCUGAUUAUGUCAUUGCUAGAUCGUUUAGAAUCUAGGUUGAUAACACUUUAUUUAUAAAGUUCCUCCUAAUGUUUUGUGAGCGCUAAUUAUUUUAAAUGUGUUAAUACUGUGCCUUUGAUUUGUUAGCUUUAACAUUACUUUAAGACUUUCACACUGCCAGUAUUCUAGAUUUGAUGAAAUUAAUACUUUUUUAAAGGGUCCAAGUAAAACAAUUUUCUAAUGUGUAUAUCUGAAGUUUGUAAUAAAGUCAACUUCUUCUUUUUAAAAUUCCAACUAUCUACUUGAACUGGUGAAUAUAUAUGGCAGGUGAGAGUUACAAUUUGGGGUAUAUUUGCUAUUAGUUUUGUGCCAUAUAUAAGAAUUAUUUAAAACUUUGGUCACAGUUAAUAACAGCACUUGAAUAGAAGUCACAUCUUUUAUCCUAAAGGUCAAAAGAAAUUCUAAACUGGACCCCUGAAUGAUUGACCAAGCCAGUCAUGUUUGGUGGUGGCCUCAUUGACAGGAAGUGAGAAUUCUAAUCUACUUACUUUUACUAUGUUAUACUUUAAAAGUAAACAUGUAAGUGCUGAAUAUUAAUUUGAUUUUUUAAAGUAUAAACUAUAGAGGCUGAUGAAAUUUGUGGAGUGAAUUCUUACAUUAAGAAUGUUGUCAUCAUUUCAAAACUAUCAAAAGCAUUUUUAUGUUGGCAUAUUUUCCAUUCAUAUAUUCCUUGUAUUUUUUUAGUGUUCUUUGCCAGCUUUAAUAAAGAAGUAAAAAUAGUUGGAAUGUUCACAAUAUUGAAUAGAGCAUCUUUCUGGUCCCAAACACUGUCAGGAAGCAGUUGCUGGUCAGAGAAUGAGGAAGUGCUAGAAUAGGAAUCUUUAUUGCUUAAUAGAUGGAAAAGUUCCUGCAUUGCAGUUUCUAUAGCAAGAAAACUUCACCCAGGAAGUUUAAGAAUUCUUUAAGCAGUUAUUGUGAUAGUGAUUAGAGAAUAACUCUUAUAAUCUCUGGAAAUGCAAAUGAAAUCCAAGUGAGUAGAGAGUAGUUUUCAUGUUUUUGAAUGAAGACAAUAGGGUUUUAUUUCACUUGGUUUGUAGCAGUAAAGUAGCUCUAUAAGAAUGAACAUUUUUAAAUGAGGUUCCUUUUUUUAUGUCUGCAUAAAAUUUACGCUUUUUGAUUGUUUUAAAACUUCACAAUCUUCCAUAAGGUCAAAAGACACUGACCUGUCUGUACACGGAACCCUUCGUCUCUUCAUUCUUCAGCAGGAGCAGAGAUACGAUAAAACUCUCACUUUUUAAAAUAGCAUGUCUGACUCCUCAUCAAUAACACGCAUUUUGUAAGGCCGCAGUUCAACUAGGUUAUGAAUAGAACAUUUUUUAUUCUGUCCUACGGGAAGAUUUGUAAAUCUUGCACUCUAAAAGUGUUCCUCAAUACAUGUUGUUUCCCUUUAACUAAAAUUUACAUUCUUUUAAUGUAUUUUUCCUAUUGAGUCUCUUUUUCUGCCUUUCCAUAAGGAAUAUGUCCAGAUUUCGUAGCUCCAGGUUUUACACUCCUUAUCUUUCUGGUAUACCAUUCCCACUCAGCCUUAAAUUUUAAUCAUUCCUUCUUGGCAGCAAUUCUUUCCUGGGAACCUCUGUCUUUUUUCUAAGUCAGCAUUAGUUUUGAAACUGCUGUUCUCACAUAAGUUGUGCAUAGCAUCUAAUGUCAAAAUAGAACCAACUAGUAAUCACAGUAUGUAUUUAGUAUGGCUUUUGUGGUGACAUAAGUGACAUAUAAAGAAAGCUGUUCUCAGGUUAAUAUGCUGAAAUUCCAAAAUGUCUGAGUUUGAGUAAUAAUCACUUUGUUCUGAUAUUGAAACAAUUAUGUUAGGCAAAAAGUUGGUUGACUGUUUUGUUUAAUUGACUUCUAAAAUACAUGUUUGAAUUGUCUAUUUCUAAGAAGUUCACUAGAUUCCUAGUGCAUUUAAACAUACUCUUAUUUAAGAAGAUGUUGCUAAAUUUUUUAUUGUCAUUACUAAAUAAUCUGUGUAGCAAAACAUCUGUCAGCGUUUCCUUCCCUUUUAUCUCCUAUUUUCAGGAGCCAGAUGUUGCCAUAACCUGUAUCCUGGUCUGACACUGACUAACAGUUUCCAGUUAGAGGAAUUUAUUGCCAAAUUAAAUUUGGCUCUUUCCCCUACCCGUAUAGAAACUAAAGAAGGUGCAUUAAAAAUGUUUGGACUACUUGUAAAACUCGAGCAAUGUCAUUAGUCUGUAUGUGGACUAGUAAAUAGAUAUUUUCAUAAGAGUUUAAAUGCUAAUAUUUGGUGGAAGUCGAGAGUAACUUGUAUCCUAUCAAUUCAAGUAUUAGUAUGGUUGCACUCCUCAUUUGUUCUUUAGACUGAUGAUACUGGAAUCUAUAGAGUUUGAGCCUUUACAGCUUACGUGAAGAAAUGUUUCAAACAUUUCUGGACAAAUCUUAUUUUGUAUUUCUGGAAGAAUGUAAAUAAUCUCCUAGGCCACUUCACACCAAUGAUCUCAAGGUGAAUAUCCUUGAGAAACUUGUUUCUUGUUAUGCCAUUUGACAUUUCAAGUCAGUGAUCAUAUUCCUGUGAUGUUUAAAACAACUGCAUUAAGCUUGUGAUAGAAACUAUUUUCUUGCUUUUUGGAAUAUAAUUACUUGAAUAUUGUUUGAGAUCACUAACAUGCCAGGGCAAUUCCCACUGAUUUUGAUGGUCCAAUAUAAUCUCAUUCAGGAGGCUUGAAACAUUGAUGGUUUAGUCUUGUGAAUUUUAACAGUUCUCUUGUCAUUGUUUAACAAAAUGAACAAGUGGCACAACUCCUUAAGCUGCAGUUUCAGUCUCUGCUAGUUCAUACCGCAUGUUUAUUUUGGACAGUCUUUGGUAAGCAUGGUGCUUGUAUUGGGUUAAAUAAAAUGUUAACAUGAAAGGAC